GUAGAGACUUCAUGGUCCAUAUGAUGGGUGAAUGUUUCCGAAAUUUAGAAAAAGUAGAACAAAGUACGAACUCGAGCUUUGCCGCGCCUGUUGCCCGGAAAGGAAGAAGAUGAACGUUCGAACCCCAAAACGGCAUCCCAAAAUCAAGCGAGGCAAUGUCGUUUUGAGCUCGGCUUGCCUUCAUUAGGCCCAAAAACGGCACCCUAAUCCACCAAUCGUUAGCAGAAUAUUGGACCAGACCUUCUGGUCCAGGUCUCACCACCAAAGCCCAUAGGGGUUCUGCUUAAACCCCGACUUUCAGUCUUCUCUGUUUUCUCUUCUCGUAGCGUUAAUGGUUUCUCGGAGCUAACCGCAAAUCCUCCAAAAAGGUUAUUCAAAAUGAGGCAUUUGCGAUUCAUUUGCUCUCGCUUGUCUCGUAUCAACAGAACCCACCAUCAAAGUUCUCGUCUUUUGCGGUCUUUCCGAUCGGUGAAUGAGUUUGAUCUUGGUCUUACCCGGGGAUACUCCACCGGUGCGCAAGAACCCAAACGAGCCCCGUCCGAGAAAGUCUCUGCAAUCGUCGAUGAAAUCACCGGGCUGACUCUGCUUGAGGUCAUGGACCUAACCGAAGUGCUCCGGAAGAAGCUGGACAUCAACGAGAUGCCGAUUAUGGCUGUGAUGAUGCCCGGGAUGGGAUUUUCCGGGGCUGCGAGAGGUGCCGGGAAAGGUGGGGCUGGUGGGCCUGGGAAGGGUGAGGAAAAGAAGGAGGAGAAGAUGGUGUUCGACGUGAAGCUUGAAGGAUUUGAUGCGGCGGCGAAGAUAAAGGUUAUAAAGGAAGUGAGGGGGUUUACGGAUUUGGGGCUGAAAGAGGCUAAGGAUUUGGUGGAGAAGGCGCCAACGCUGUUGAAGAAGGGGGUCACCAAGGAUGAGGCCGAGAAGAUCAUAGCAAAGAUGAAGGAGGUGGGAGCUAAAGUUACCAUGGAAUAAGGUAAAAGAUCUUCUUUCUUCCUUUCCUGAUGUUUUUCUUCUCUUGUUUGGGUUUGCCUUUAUGUGUUGGAUUUUGAAUUUUUGGUUUUUGCAAGAAUUGUGAGGGCAAGUUAGCAACAAGAUGGUUCAAAUUGUACUUUUGUUGUUAGCAGAUUGUUAUACUUCCUGCAGAGUAUUUUUGAAUAUCAUUGAUAAAUUUGAAUUGCUUGG